AGUUUAAAUGUAUUUGGCUAAGGUGUAUGUAAACUUCUGACUUCAACUGUAGCUGCUCUACUCAAAAAAAUAGAUAUACUUUUUGCACAGUAGGCCUAUUUAUCAUGGUCCAUCAAAUCUUAUCAGUGACAGACGCCGAAGGCAAAGACGAACACUGUUUGAGACUGUGGGCUUUCCGUCCCAGAUGACCAUCUCUUCUGCCAUUCCAUUUCUACGUUGACACAGUCAGAGCUAGCCGAGCUAGCUAGGCAGCAACAGUUCAACUAGGCAGAGGUAAAACAGGGUGUGUUUCACACAAAUGGCUCAACAUUUACAAUUACAAUGAAGAAAAAUAAGUCACCUAUAUCUUGACGACCACUGCGUGCUCAAUGACGGUCUGCCGCGGUCUCAGCGAUUGACAUGGAUUCUUGUGAUAAGGUGAAGACGGAUUUUCUCUGCGAAGAUGUGAAACUGUCAGCCGAAGUGGAGCCGUUUAUCCCACAAAAGAAAGGUCUGGAAGGAGCGCUGGUCACCAUGAGCCUGUCUGGAGGAGGAGAAGGAGGAGGGGGGGUAGAGCCCACCCCUAUCCCCAGCUACCUCAUCACCUGCUACCCUUUUGUCCAGGAGAACCAACCCAACAGACAACAGCACCCCAUGUAUAGCGGAGGAGGGGACCUGCGCUGGCAGCAGCCCAACCCCACCCCAGGUGGUCCGUACCUAGCUUACCCCAUCCUGUCCUCCCCCCAGCCUCCAGUCUCCAACGACUACACCUACUACCAGAUCAUGCCUGCCCCCUGCCCUCCCAUGAUGGGCUUUUACCAGCCCUUCCCAGGAACGUACGCCGGGCCCCUGCAGCCUGGCGUGGUUAACCCUGUAUCAGCUGACCUCAGCGAGAGACCGGCCCCUCUCGGACAGGCGUUUGGACUAGCUAAUCAGAGAGGAGGGAGGGGCAUGGUCACACCUGCCGUUCUACCCAAGUCUAUGUUCUAUCAGCAACAGCAGGUGGGGUUGUGUCAGCCCCUGAGGGCCAGGAGGCCCCCCAUGAGGACUGUAGCUGUCCAGAAGGAGGUGUGUUCCUCGGGGUCAGACGGACGGACCAAGACAGUCCUGCUGGUGGACGCUGCCCAACAGACUGACUUCCCAGGGGACAGUGCUUGUGGUCGUGUUGCGUCGGAGCGGGCCAGCCCCCUGCUGUGGAAGAACUUUCCCCGGAGAAGGCGGGCCUCGCACCCUGCCGAGAGCUCCAGCGAGGCGGACAUCGACAGCGACAGCGGAUACUGCAGCCCCAAACACAACCAGCAGGCCCCGGGGGCUAUGCAACACACUGCCCACGCUGCUAUAGCUCCUACGGGAGUGGAUGCAGGUGUAAUGACAGCGGUAAGCUGGGUGAACGUAGCGUCUCAGGCCUCUCAGAGGCCGUGGUCAGACAACAGGACCACCCCGUUCCAACGGACAGGGAAGACCCCUGAUCAGAGGAACUACUCGCAGCAGGACUUCCAUGCAGGGUACUCAGGGGGGCGUGUCUGUUCGAACCCCACCCCCGCAGACAGCAGCUGUGGUCUGCAGCAGAGACGGCUGCAGCCCGGACUGGGCCCUGGGACGGGGCUUGCUCCUGAGCCCCUCUACUUUGAGGAUGAGGAUGAGUUUCCAGAGCUGGUCUCAGGAGGGCCACAGAGGAACAUCAAACCAGACCCCAACCCUUCCCAGAACCAACACCAGACCAAACUAACCAAGAACCUGCUGGAUAACCUUCCAGAGAACUCUCCCAUCAACAUCGUCCAGACCCCCAUCCCCAUCACCACCUCCGUCCCCAAGAGGGCCAAGAGUCAGAGGAAGAAGGCCCUGGCUGCUGCCCUGGCCACAGCACAGGAGUACUCUGAGAUCAGCAUGGAGCAGAGGAAACUACAGGAAGCACUGACCAAAGCAGCAGGGAAGAAGAGUAAGACUCCAGUCCAGUUGGACCUGGGAGACAUGUUGGCUGCUCUGGAGAAACAACAGCAGGCCAUGAAGGCUAGACAAAUAAACAAUACUAAACCACUGUCCUUCACAGUGGGUACAGCAGCCCCGUUCCAUGGUUCAGGGCCAGGUGCCAGGCCAGGAGCAGGGUCAGGUAUAGUAUCAAUGUUGAAGGCCCAGCAGGCCCACUCUGCCCCCCUCAACAUGCUGGACUCCAGCGCUCCACGCCUGAAGAGAGGGAAGGAGAGAGAGAUCCCUAAAGUCAAACGACCCACCGCCCUGAAGAAGAUCAUUCUGAAGGAGCGUGAGGGGAAGAGGGGGAAGGGGUGUGUGGAUCAGAUUGCUGCCAGCCAGGAAGAACAGGGAGAAGAGGAGCUCCACUUCACUGAUGACCUCACACGGGAACCUGCCUCUCAGGAGGAGAACGGUCUGAGCGUGCCCAGUGAUGACGCAUCCCUGUCCCCGGCCAGUCAGAACUCUCCGUACAGCAUCACGCCUGUUUCCCAGGGUUCCCCUGGCUCCUCCGGCAUCGGCAGCCCCAUGGCCUCUAACGCCAUCACCAAGAUACACAGCCGCCGCUUCAGAGAGUACUGUAACCAGGUGUUGAAUAAGGAGAUAGAUGAGAGUGUGACGAUGCUGCUGCAGGAACUGGUCCGGUUUCAGGAGAGGGUUUAUCAGAAGGACCCCAGCAAAGCCAAGACCAAACGCAGACUGGUCAUGGGCCUUAGAGAGGUCACCAAACACAUGAAGCUCCACAAGAUCAAGUGUGUCCUCAUCUCACCCAACUGUGAGAAGAUCCAGGCCAAAGGGGGUCUAGAUGAGGCUCUGUACAACGUCAUAGCCAUGGCCAGAGAACAGGAGAUCCCGUUUGUGUUUGCUCUGGGUAGGAAGGCUCUGGGACGCUGUGUCAACAAACUGGUGCCGGUCAGUGUGGUGGGCGUCUUCAACUUCUCUGGAGCAGAGGGUCUGUUUAACCGGUUAGUGUCUCUGACGGAGGAUGCUCGUAAGUCCUACAAGGACAUGGUGUCAGCGCUGGAGCAGGAGCAGGCUGAGGAGGCGCUGAAGAACGUCAAGAAGGUCACCCACCACAUGGGCCACUCCAGGAACCCCUCCGCUGCCUCCGCCAUCUCCUUCUGCUCCGUCAUCUCUGAACCCAUCUCUGAGGUCAACGAGAAGGAGUACGAGACAAACUGGAGGAGUAUGGUGGAGUCGUCAGAUGGGCUGGAGCCUGUGGAGGCUAAACCCAGCCAUCCUGCUGCUUCCUCUGGGUUCCAGAGAGACAACCAGCCCCCCUCCACCACCAACCGCAGCCCUUACUCCACUACCCUCCAGCUCAGAGCAGCUGUCCCUGCUCCAGGCUCAGGCCCGGGGGAGAGAGAGGAGGGCCGGGCAGACGACCGGUUGGAGCUGGCCUCCCAGCAGAGCACGGAGACAGGCAGUUUGGAUGGGAGCUGCAGGGACCUCCUCAACUCCUCCAUCACCUCCACCACCUCCACCCUGGUCCCCGGUAUGCUGGAGGAGGCAGAGGAAGAGGAGGAAGAGGAGGAAGAGUACACACCAGAGCCCAUCUCUGUGGAGGUGCCUGCGGUCAUCAGCCGUAUUGAGUCCUGGGUGUCUAAGACACUGGAGAACCUUCAGUUGGGGAAGAGCCAGGACAGCACAGAGGAGGAGGAGGAGGAGGAGGAAGAGAAGGAGGAGGGAGUACAGAGUGAGGAGGAAGAGGAGUUGGAUUCUGCUGAUGUCACAGAGACUGGGCUGGAGAAGAUGGAGGCCAAUAAUAUCACUGGCUGAUUUAGACCUCAUUCAUCCCUCUCUUUCCCUCUUUCUCUUUUUUGUUUCUCGCUAAGUUCGCUCUGUGUACACUCCAUCACUUGUCUUCCUCGCUCCCCCCCCACACCUGUUCCCCUAACCUGCACUCUUUCACCUCUAUCACACACUCUCACCCCCCCCCUCUCUCUCACAGUUGAACCAGCAACUCUCCUCUCCUCUCUGUCUGUAACUUUGGACUUCAGACAUUAUCUCAGGAAUCAGACCAUACACACACACACACACACACACACACACACACACACACACACACACACACACACACACAUACGCAGUCACACACACAGACCAACCUUCAAACUACAGACAGCAGUAUCUCUCCUGGUCUCUCUGAUUGAUAGACUGCUCUGUUCCUCUCAUCCUCCUCUCGCUGAUGUGGACCUGAAACAACUGCCUCACCUAAACUGGUCUGGUCGGUCUGGCAUCGACUGGUCUGGUCUGGCUAAGGGAAGCCCUGGUUCCCUUCCCACCACUCCAGGUUUCCCCAGGAUAGGAAGAGGCUGUGAGGAGAGGCUUCCCCUCUGUCUGCCUGUAUGACGCAGAGCCAUGGAGAUGAUACAACUGUCAGUGAGACUGCUGACUAUAAAGACUAACUAGAAGAGAAGUCUCCCUCCUUUCAGAGAGCCACCCUCCCUCUGUCAUCCCUGGGUUAUUCAUAGUGAAGGCCUGCUGGUUCAGUCCAAGCAGAAGGUUGCUGAGAGUUUACAGCUGGAAGUGUGCGUGUCUCCGUCCCAUCAUCAAAAGACUUAUGUUACAUCGUUGUCAUCCUUCCCAUGUUUAUUACCUUCAUCUGCCUCCUCAUAUGUUCCCCCACUGUGUUGCUACAGCUUUAUCUCAAUACAAUACAACUUCAUUCUGUUCUGACCUGUCGGCCUUGUUUAUUCCCCCACUGUGUCGUCAUAACAUGCUCUUGGAGGGAGGAGCUUGCGUAGGAUACUUAUUGGUCGGUUGCUUGUGUAUUUGUUUCCUAUUGGCUUUAGGACUACCUGCAACCUGAGGUUAGUUUACGCCCAUCACCUGGGCUGCAUUGUUCAGAUAGAAAAUCUUAUUGUGUAGAACAGCCAUGCCUCUCUGACAUGUAGAGGAAUCACAUCAGGUCUAUUCAUGGUGGUUCUAUCUGCAGCAUCACCCUGAUUUGGUUUUGGGAGACAGCCUGUGUAUCCAAUCUAAAACCUUGUUAGGGUUACAAAAUUCCCAGCUUUUCCAGGAAUCCCGGUUGGAAGGUUCCCAGAAUCUGUUGGGAAUAAGCAGAAAAUACGUAAUCCUCCAACCUUGGAAUUUUGGUAAAGUUGCUGUAAUUUGCAAACCUACAUGAUGUUUUUCUGACAUUGGUCAACCAUCACAGUAAUCAUGGAUUAUUUUCAGUGGGUGUGAUUUUAAAGGGACAUCUCACCACUUUUUAACCUCAUAGUCAUUAUCUCCAGGACCAAACCAAUGUCUACUAAUGUGAAAAUGGCAUGUUAAAAAGUAAUGGCGUGUCCCUGGAAAACAUGAAUGAUAUGACAUGUCACAUGACAUACUAACAGUAACUGAAACUAGAACAAAUGUAUGAUGUACAUAACCUGUACAGCUGUUUCUGAGACUCUUUUAACCUGUAAUAUUGAUGAUAAUAUUGACAAGUGUUAAUCUGUUUGGGGUUGUUUUCUGAGUGGAUAGUUUUUUGUUGUUGCUAGCUGACUUCUGUGUUUUACUAUAUCCCGCUGGUUUCAUUUGGUUUAGGUCCCAGUCCAUUGACCGGUGUUAGCGUGUGUGUGCGUGUUUGUUGGGGUGGACAGGUAAAUGUACUGUAACUAGCUAUUAUCAGAGACUAUUUGGGUUUGAAGCUGACAGGUAGUCCAACCUGACCCAGGACAUGUGACUCACUGGUAACACAGGGGUCAAAGGGGGGAGACUCCACAGGAGCCUCUGAAUAUUCAUGAAGUAAUUAUCCACCUCACCAGUUAGAACCAUGUAAAUAAAAUGUUUGAACUACAGUGUAUUAAACACCCCAAUCACCUUUUUCUUAAAGCCAUUUGAUAGAAAAAAUCUGAAUAAGUUGAUCAUGUAAUUUGAUGGUAAAUGAUAUAGAAAUCAAGUUAUGUGUUAUUAGAUGGAGGAGGAGGCCAUGUAUAGGAGUGGCAUGCUGGGUCAUAUGCAAUAUGAAGGAAGGAGGGAUGGGAGAGGGAGUUGUGUAUUAAAUAGACACAGUCAGGCGUUGGGUCAAUUCAUUUUCAAUUCAGGAAGUGAAUUGAAAUUCAACUGACAAAAAUGUAAUUGAGAAAAAAAAUCUGUCAAUUGAAAACAGACCAUGUUUUCUAUGAGGAUUUUAUUCAUUAGUUCCCUGAUACAGGUGAUAACGAGGGUGUGUCUAGUACUAAAAUGUACUCUGGCUGUGUGCAGGUUUCUCUAACUCUCAUCAGUGUGUUUUGGAGCCAUGACAACCAGUGUGUCCUUUGCACUAUGUAAAUACCAUAAUACUUGUAACCACCUUCUGGUAACUCAUGUCAUAACAAAAUGGUUGAAUGAAGUAGCUUUUAUUUUCCCAGUGUGUUCUAAGUCUCUCUUUCUGACUGUACAGCACUAGCAACAUGUAGAGGCUUUUCUCAUAACGUUACUGUUCUCUUCUCCAUCUGGACUGAUUAAUAAUGUCAUUAAAAUGUUUAAGUAAACUA